AGGCAGAUCAAACAUGGGACUAUAGGAUAAGAAACCGCCCCAGUAUGCUCAAGGGACAGAACGCCAACAUUAUCCUAUUGUAAGAAAGUUUAUGAACUCACUGUCUGUGGUAGGAUUGUAGGAGUGAGGUGGUUUAUCUGAACAAAGGUAGUGAUGUUGAGUGAGUUUAAAGGUCGGUUAAUAAACCGCGGUGACGCGGAAGACGCUGGAAAUUCCGCGCAGACGCGUCAAAUCUGAAUGCGCUCACGUCUCCAUUCACAUCAAAAGUUGCGGUUCUUCACACAAGGAAUUAAGAUCAGUGUUGGUGAAACCUGUUUGGCUGCUCCUGAAGAUCGUCUGUAAACACAAUGCUGCGGAUCAAACAUCCAGAGAGAAGGUCCUCGUUUUACUUUCAAUGGAUUUUAUUAUCUGCCCUUCUGAUCGGAGGUAUUCAAAUGCAAGUAAUAUCUCUGAACACAUACGACAUUACUGUCGGUCUUGCGUCGGUCUUUCCGUGUAACAGUCAAAAGCAGAACGUGAGUGUGACAUGGAGCGACAAUCUGAACCAGAGCUUGGAAAACAUCAAUGGAAUCAAGAUUAGAGGAAACUUAUUGUGGUUUUUACCUGCCGAGUCUUCUCACAGUGGAACGUACAUCUGUCUCAGCAGAGAAGGGAAUGAAACCUGGGAAAUGAAGUUUAACAUUUCUGUUGAAGACAAAUCAUGCCCUCGCAUGAACAGAGAGGAUGUGGCACAGAGUACACCUGAAGUGUCCUGUGUGCUUGAAGAGAUCUUUCAGUUAGACCCAAAAGCUGAAGUCACCUGGCUAAAGAACUGCAGCCCAAUGAAUAAAACCAUAAAGAGUAAGAUCCUCCCCAUGAACAGAUCUUCAGAUGAUGUUGGACUCUACACCUGCUUUGUGAACUUUACCUUUGAAGGUCAAAAUUACUCCGCUGCCCAGACCACAGAAAUCACAAGCAUUCCUAAAGAUUUUGUGGUGACGCAGCCCAAAGUGAUCUACCCAAUACAAGAAACACGCACAGUGAUACUUGGUGAGAGUUGCAAUCUGACGUGUAAAGCUCUUGUUGGGAAGAACGGAAUAGAUGAAACGUUAAUGUUUUGGUUGCCUAACAUGGAAACUCAGUCACCCCCUUACAUUAUUGAGGAGGACAAUAUGAAGUACAUGAUGUGUAUUCUACACAUCCAAGAAAUCAAAGCUGAGCAUUUAAACACAAACUUCACCUGUGUCGUCGAGCAUCCCACGGGAAAAGAUUCCGGAAUAGUGACACUUAUUCCAGCCAAUCAGAAUCAGCGUUAUUUUUGGAUAGUUCCUGGUCUGGUAUCUCUGCUCAUAUUGGCUGUCGUUGGGGUUUAUCUCUUUAAAGUGGACCUGGUGUUGGCGUAUAGAGAUCUGUGUUGUUUCCCUGUGGCUGUACACGCUGAUGGAAAGUCGUACGAUGCGUAUGUGAGUUAUCUUCAUGGAAAUGAACUCAGCUUGUCUUCCACAAUGAGCUUUGCUCUUCAUUCCCUUCCUGCCGUCCUGGAGAAACGUUACGGUUAUAAACUCUUUAUCAGUGGACGAGAUGAACUUCCAGGUGAAGCGGUGCAUGAUGUCGUUGCUGACAGAAUGAAUCGAAGCCGAAGGCUCAUCAUCGUUUUGACCUCGCACAGCUUUGAGUCUCAAACAGAGAAAACCAUUAAGCCGCUUUUAUUACACAAUGAGUCCACCAUGAAAUCAGACCCCUCCAUGUCUCAAAUAUGGGGUACGUACGAGCAGCGGGUGGGUCUCUAUGAUGCUUUAGUGAAGGAGGGUCUGAAGGUCAUCCUGGUGCAGGUGGAGGACGAAGUGGACGAGUCUUCUCUUCCAGAAUCUUUACGAUACAUUAGCCGCACCAAAGGCAUCCUCAAGUGGAGACAGGACACCAGCGACAGCGCUAACAGAAAGUUCUGGAAACACCUGCGCUAUCAGAUGCCUCGGGGUCAGCCGAAGAAAAGCAAACAGAUUACAGAGCUGGAAGAAGUUUUUUAAUGCGAUGUAUGUGAAAGAAACUUUCACUGUGAACUUCAUGGUUAUCUUAUUCAGGUUAAUAAGUCACAGCUGACUUUGAGAAGAUUCUCUACUAGUUAAAGUCCCCGUGUGGUGAAAAUCAAGUUGUUGUUUAUACAUCUAUGUGGUGUUUUUAAUAUGCUUUAAGACAAACCAUGUGCAAAUUCAACACCAAUGCAUUGAGUAUUUUCUCCAUAAAAUGUUAGUUUCCCAAAGAUAGUCUCAUUCCCUACAGUUUCCAACGUAACAAACAUGUAACCAAUCACAGUUGAACGAGUGGAUCAGUAGUUUAAGCAAUAGAUAGUUCGCUCUACUACUAGGAUGCUGACACAUGCAGUGUUAAUUCUCUAAUCUGUUCACAUCAGUACUAAAAAAUAGUGCUGCAAACACGCAGUUCAUGUAUGCAUUGUGUGAAACCAGACUUAACAAUUAUGUGUCUGAAACUACAAAAUGUAGCAUCUGUUUACAUUUAUAUCUAUGCUCCGAGGUGGUGUGAAAGAGUGGAGACUAAUUUGCAUAUUCAUAUACAGCCACAGAAAAAAAUCAAGCAACCACUUAGAUUUUACUUUAAUCAUAGAUGUAUUGUGAUAGUUUCAGUCCAUGUUGAAUUUCAACAAAAGCAAACCUUGGGAGUGACAUCAAAUAUUUUUUUACUAAAAUACAUGUAAAAAAAUAGUAUUUUGUUGUUGAGAAAUGAAUUUGAUCUUGUUUUCUUUGGAGUAUUGAAGAUUGGUAAACACUUCAUCUUUUUUUUGUUAAAUUGACCAUGUUUUUCCCAUUUUAAAUUUUCAAUAAAUAAGUUCAAAUAAAAACAUUAUUUUUAUUAAGAAUUUGGCAGAAAUGUUGUCGAUAUGACAGAAUGAAACAAAAAAUAAUUUGACUUAAACACAUACCUAUAAAAAGUAAAUCUACAAAAUCUGAAAGGGACAUUGAAAUGGUCUCCUAACUUUUACCGUGGCUGUAUGUUGAGUAGAGGUGGGGACUCAUUUGCAUAUUCAUAGCUCUGUGUAUACUUAAUGAGGCAAGGGUGUGGUUAGAUUUAAGCAGUUAUAAAGCAUGAAGAAAUUAUUGUCAAAAUGUUUACAUUUGCUAUUAUGAUGCUCAAAGAUGAGUUUUAAGUGAAAAGAUUAUCAACUACAGGGGGACUUUAAAAUCAAUAUUUGUAAUUGUUUCAAAAAUACUUGAUAGUUUUCAGGCUCAUUAUGCAGAAAGAGUCAUCUGAGGUCAGUUUAUGGAGCUUGUGGUCUUUAUUAAGCCUUCCAGUUCUGUAGAUGUCCAUAAUCAAGGUCAAUGUGAUUGUGACAAGAAACUCCAUACGGUGUUAU